GUUUCCUUUGAGGCUGAGUAAAACAAAGGAACCAUAUUGUAUCGAGGAGCAGCGUAUCGGGCACAAAUUUCACAGAAGCUGAUCCCGCUGGCGCAGAGAUUGAGCUUGCUUCAUGUUAAGAAUGGCUCAUCGACUGACGUCCCACCACAGGGCAUUAUUUUCACCAAAGUACCUUUCUGGAACGUCAGCACACAUCACUACCACAUCAUAUUUCAGAACCCCGUUUGAGGUGAAAGACAAAGACGACUUUCGGAAGAAAGUUUUGGCCUCUGCCAAACCUGUCCUUGUGGACUUCUAUGCUGACUGGUGUGGCCCUUGCAAAGCCUUAUCUCCAAAGUUAGAUGCAGUAAUGGGAGAGAAAGAGGGCUUGUUAGAGCUGGCUAAAAUCGAUAUUGAUAUCCAUUCUGAUCUGGCUUUGGAAUAUCAAGUUACAGGAAUUCCUACUGUUUUGGCUGUUAGGAAUGGGAAAGUUGUUAACAAGUUCACUGGACUAAUAGAAACCAAAGAACUUCGAGAAUUUGUAGAACAACUCUUAAGUUAAUGCUGAUGUGCUAAUCUUAGAAGUGAGUUACAUGUAAGUCAAAUAAAUUUCAAUAUGGAAUUGAUAAAAAAGGCUAGUAAGCACACUUAGAAAUUGUUUGCAGCUUAUUGCACCUAAAUAAUGAUUUUCUGCAAUAAUUUUUUCUUCAUCUGAGAACAAAGAACCUAUAAACACUUGUAAGCCAUAAAUUAUCAACUCUAGAAUAUGUCAAAUGAUCAAAGAUAAGUCAAGAAAAUUAUAAGGCAAUGAAAUGAAUUUAUAAGCCUUGGAAGGACAUUAAUCAAUCUAGCUUUGGUAUAUGUUACUCAGGUGGUUAUCAUUUGUAACAACUGCAGUAUCUUUAUCUCAUAAACACCAAGAAAGGCCACAACAACUGUCUAGCAAAUUUUUGAUUAAAAAAAACAUUUCUAACU